UUAUAUGUAAAAGUUACAUUUAACUCGUUCUGCCAGUCUGCCAGUAUAAACCGGCGCGCCUUGCAAGCUAGUCAUUUAUUAAAUAAAGAAAAAAAAAACAAAAAGAAAAAUGAACAAAAUAAUAAUUAUAUUCUCACUCUGCGCUUUGCUACUACACCAAGAGGCGAAGGCACAAACAGGACCCAUCGCUGGCUUCAUAAGGACAAACCUCAUUGGUCACCCAGUGAUACACGACAAAGCUUCUUGGGUGUUUGACCCAGAUGUGGCCAUUAAGAGACGAAGGCAGUUCAUUUCCUUACAUGGUGAUAAGGGAGAGAAACUGAUUGAAAGACUAGGUUUAGGAAUUGAUGGGAGAGACGAAGAGAGGCUAGAAGAACAGAGGAAGAGGGAUGAGGGUCAUUUAGGUGGUCUGAAUUAUUAUUUACCUUAGGUAGUUUGUAGUUUUAGGUUAUUUAAUGUAGAUACAAUUUGUAGAUGUAAAUAAAUGUAUUUAGUUAG